AUGACUUCAGAGAAUACGCCAGCCGAGGUCCAAAAUGCAGUCGAGAGGAAAAAAGUCGACCUCGAAGACCCAAAGAUUGAAAACGCUUUGCAAGAUCAAACUAAAAAGAGGAAGGCAGAGGAUGAAAUCGAAAUUGACAUGAACUUGUCAGUGCCACUUUCUAAGAAACAGAAGAGACUGCUGAGAAGAGGUAAAGUAACUCUAGAAGAACUGAACGAAAAGUUCAAUUUGGACCCAUCGUCCGUGAAGGAAUACAAAAAAGAAAUAGCCGGGGCAUCGCCAGAGGGAGAAGAAGGAUCUGUGAGCUCGGGUGCAGGGAAAAACGACACAAAACAGGACCCCAAGUCUGCUAAGGACAAGAAAUUCGGCGUGUGGAUCGGUAAUCUGUCUUUCGAUACCUCCAAAGAAGACCUGUCCCGGUUUUUCAUUGCCAAGACCCGCGAGCUAGAGGAUGAAAAGGCCAGAAUUAAGGAAAAAGACAUUAUAAGAGUCAACCUCCCAUUGGCACAGAACGACGGGAAACAGAUCAAGAACAAGGGUUUUGCACACAUGAACUUCAGGACCCAGGAACAGAUGGAAGCCGUAAUUUCGCUCAGCGAGUCGCAUCUGAAUGGUAGAAACAUGCUUAUAAAGAGCUCACAGUCGUUUGAGGGUCGUCCGGACAAGGACGAUUUGAUAGCGCGUUCCAAGAAUCCUCCAUCUCGUAUUCUGUUUGUCGGCAACCUUUCGUUUGACACCACGGACGAACUUUUGAAGAAACACUUCCAACAUUGCGGAGAGAUUGUCAAGGUCAGAAUGGCAACAUUCCAAGACACUGGGAAAUGUAAGGGUUUCGCAUUUGUCGAUUUCAGAAACGAAGAGGGCCCAACUGCUGCACUCAAAGACAAAAGCUGUCGCAAGAUCGCCGGAAGACCACUAAGAAUGGAGUUCGGUGAAGACAGAAGCAAGAGACAGGUCAAGAGAAGAGACCCUAGUGCUGGACCCGCAUCGGAGCCCACACGUGCAACGGAGCCCUCGUUGCGCGAAACGGCGCCCGCAACUUCUGCCCCACCUAUCAGGGAAAGAAAACCUACCCAAAGAAACAGAGACUUUUCUCAUAAGGAGAAGAACAACCGACCAAAGAGUAGUAUUGCGCUAGCUGGUGCCCAGAGGGCGUCAGCAGCAAUUGUUCCUUCCCAGGGUAAAAAGACAACUUUUUAA